AAAAGAUCUUCUAAAAAAAAAAAAAAAAAAAGCUCACAAAACCCUUGAGAAGAACCAUGGAAAAGCAAGAAGCAAUAGUUCUGUAUCCAUCACCACCAAUAGGUCACUUAGUGUCCAUGGUUGAGUUAGGCAAACUCAUCCUCUCCCUAAAACCGUCUCUCUCAAUCCACAUCAUCUUAGUUCCACCGCCUUAUCAGCCGGAAUCAACCACCACUUAUAUCUCCUCCGUCUCCUCCGCCUACCCUUCACUUACCUUCCACCACCUCCCAUCCGUCGCACCCUACUCCUCCGCCACAAACUCACGAAAACAUCACGAGUCACUCCUCCUAGAAAUCCUCUGUUUCAGCAACCCAAAUGUCCACCGGACUCUGUUCUCCAUCUCCCAAACAUUCAACCUCUGUGCCAUGAUCAUUGACUUCUUUUGCACCGCCGUAUUAGACGUCACCUCUGAUUUCACUUUCCCGGUCUACUACUUCUUUACCUCUGGAGCCGCCUGUCUCGCCUCCUUCUUCCAUCUCCCAACACUGGACGAAACAACCGCCGGAAAAAACCUCAAAGACGUCCACUCGUUACUCAACAUACCAGGGGUUCCUCCGAUCAAAGGCUCCGAUAUGCCUAAACCGGUGCUCGACCGCAAUGAAGAGGUUUACGAUGCCUUUAUAUUGUUCUCUAAACAGCUCUCGAACUCCUCGGGAAUCAUCAUCAACACGUUUGAAGCAUUAGAGAGCAGAGCCAUCAAGGCCAUAACAGAGGAGCUCUGUUUUCGCAGUCUUUAUCCGAUUGGACCGCUCAUUGUUAACGGAAGAACGGGAGAUAAGAAUGUUGAAAACGCAGACUCUUGUUUGAAAUGGCUCGAUUCACAGCCGGAACAGAGUGUUGUGUUCCUCUGUUUCGGAAGCUUGGGUUUGUUCUCAGAAGAACAGGUCAAGGAGAUUGCUAUUGGUCUAGAGAAAAGUGAGCAGAGGUUCUUGUGGGUGGUCCGUAAUCCACCCGAGUUACAAAACCAAACAGAACCGGACUUGAAAUUACUUUUACCGGAAGGAUUCUUAAACCAAACCGGAAACAGGGGAAUGGUCGUUAAAUCCUGGGCUCCGCAAGUUCCGGUUCUCAAUCAUAAAGCAAUCGGCGGAUUCGUCACUCAUUGCGGCUGGAAUUCUAUUCUCGAAUCCGUUUGCGCCGGUGUACCGAUGGUGGCGUGGCCGUUGUAUGCUGAGCAGAGAUUCAACAGAGUGGUUAUCGUGGAGGAGAUCAAGAUUGCGAUCCCGAUGGUUGAAUCGGAGACGGGUUUCGUGAGCUCGAUGGAGGUGGAGAAACGAGUGCGAGAGAUAGUGGAGGAGGGUCCGGUUAGGGAGAGAACCAAGGCCAUGAAGAAUGCGGCCGAAUUAGCCUUGACCGAAACCGGUUCAUCUCAUACCGCGUUGACUGUUUUACUCCAGUCGUGGAGCCCAGAACAAUCUUAGACUUAUUUCAUCAAUUAUUAAUGGAGUAGAAUUCAAAGUUACCGCGUCAAGAAUUAUUAGGUUUAUUCGGUUAAGUUUGAGAUAUUAAACGAAAGAGCUGAAUAAACGGCUAAGAUUAAUACGUGUCAGACGAUCUAAUUAAAAUAAACGGCUAAGAUUGAUUUGUA